UUUUUUAUUGAUUAUCUUUAAUCAUCAGUUAUUGAUUUGUGUUCUGACUUCACGUUCACAUUUCGUUCUCAGGAAUUGUUUAAAAACUUAUGUUUAUGUUUUGAGUGUCGCUUACGUGAGAGUGCCAACUCAUUCUGUUUACCUGUUUACUGUCAAUGUUACGAUAAAAGGAUUCAAAGAAAGACAGAAAGAAAGAAAAAGUACAGAGGGAGCGAGGCUGAAUUAUUGAUGAAGCUGAGUCUCUCUCUCUCUCUCUCUCUCUCUCUCUGUCUGAGGCAAACACAAGAACGUCAAGAACGACAGAACAGAGAAGAAGAAACAAAAGAAGAGAGGAGGCGAUAAAUACCACUAACAGAAGAUAAACAGAAAGAAGAAGAAAAACCAGGUUGGAGAUAAAGAAGAAACAAUAAAGAGCAAGAGAAAAGAGAGGGGAGAGACGCAACAGAGAAAGAAAUGACAAACAACAGAAAGAGGAGAGGAGAAGAGUAAGAGAGAAAAAGAAAUGUGACGUAAAAACACGGAGGAGAAAAUUAUAACAAAAAUGUCUGACGACGGGAAAGAAGAAGAAGAAGCGGAGGAACAGGAAGUGACCGGUCCGCCCCUCCCUGCCUCCUCUGCUGCUACCAUGGAGACGAUGAUGUCGCUGAGGCGGGACCUGGUGUGCAUCGUGUGCUUCGGCAACUAUGAUCUGGCGACACGGUUGCCGCGGCGACUGCACUGUGGCCACGCCUUCUGCCAGGCGUGUCUGAAGCGGCUGGACACGGUGAUUAACGAACAGGUGUGGAUCCCGUGUCCUCAGUGUCGUCAGAACACGCCAAGGCCCAGGGGUGGAGCGGCGGGUUUGGACCUGGACCUCGCCUCCUUCCUGGGGGUCAAAGCGCAGCAGACGUGCUCCUCCUCCUCCAGGAGCUCUGGCUGCAGGGAGGGGACAGUGGCCGCCACCACGGCCCAGGACGGGAAGCUGUGGCUGAGGAAGGAGGCCGCCGAUGAUGGCUGGUCACAUGGAGGUCUCGCAGAGCCGCGCUUCCAUCGCUACGGUAACUGCUGUCCGCCAGUCUCCUACUGGCUAUGCUGCUGGUCCUGCUGCCCUGGACGGGGCUGACUUAGAGGGGCGGGGCUUAGGCUGACCAAUGAUGUAAAAACCUUAUUUAACUGUAAUAAACUGUAACUGAAGGAUGUGCAACUCGGUUUCUCUGAAUGUUUACAGUUCCAUUUUUUUUCCACAUCUAUCAGGUGACACUUGGUCCUGUUAGCGUGACUGUUAGCAAAGAUGGCGGACACUGUCUACAUUCUGGGAAUGAGGUCCCGUCCCCUUAAGAGUGGGUAGUGGGUAGCCUCAGACCAAGUGUCACUGGUGGGCACGUGACAAAGAAAAGAAUGAAGAUAUUUCUCAACUCAGGGGAAACUGAGAUUGGGAAGCACAGUUUUCAAAAAUACUAGCCCUAUUCUAGUAAUAUAAAGCUAAAUGCAAAUGAGUGAAGUAUUCCUUUAAGUAUACGUUCACUGCAUUUUUCCAACAGGAAUCCUAAGUUUGUGUCACUGUAAAUCUCUCGCACCAACGUCCACAGAGAAAACAGGUGUUGGUUUUUCUUGCAGAAACACAAAAGCUGCAGGUUAACCCUUCUGUCUCAUACAAGUUUGUAUUACAGAGAUAAAUCAGAACGAAGGACUUCACACAAAGAAAUCACAAAAUAACAUAAUUGACCUUUUCUCUAUGGACUUUGUACACUGCUCACUCUCCAACACCAAUGUGACAAAAACACUGACAGGCAGAUAAAGCAGAUAGAACACAUUAUUAU